AUGCCUCCCUUGUUCUUCCCCACACCCAUCCACAAAAGCUCCACCCCCUCACACAAGAGCUCCACCCCCACUCACAAGAGCGCAUCCUCUUCCUCUUCAUCUCAGAGAGACAGUCGACAGGAGUCGGAUAGUUGGGAAAUCAUCGAGGGGCUAAGGAUCGGGCAAACGCAUGUUCAGAGGCCGGAGAAACAUGAAGGUUUCAUGCUGAAGAAGAGGAAAUGGCCUCUAAAGGGCUGGCACAAGCGAUUUUUCAUUUUAGACAAUGGGAUCCUGAAGUACUCCAAAUCUCCUGUAGAUAUUCAGAAAGGAAAGCUUCAUGGCAGUAUAGAUGUGGGUCUGUCUGUGAUGUCCAUCAAGAAAAGAGCUCGCCGCAUAGAUCUGGACACAGAAGAGCACAUUUAUCAUCUGAAGGUGAAGUCUCCAGAUGUUUUUGACAUCUGGGUGUGCAAGCUGCGUCACCAUCGUUUGUUCCGUCAGAACGAGAUUGUUCGCUCUCCUCGUGAUGCUACGUUACGGACCUUCCCUCCGUCGGCCAGCGCAGAGUCACCCCAGAACACCUCUUCCAGCGCACACCAAAACAAGGGUAAACCCAGUACUCUGCCCUGGCAGCUGCCGGCGUCCUGUAGUAAUGGACAGAGUAAAGUGGCAGCCUGGUUACAGGAGUCUGAGGAGAUGGACAAGUGUUCAGAAGAACUUGCCUACUGCCAGUCUAGUCUUUUAGAAUUGAGUCAACUGCUGCAAAGUCUGGAGAUCUUACAUAGGACACAGUCAGCCCCCAACUUCACCGACAUGCAGGUAUAUCCACACACACACACACACACGCACGCACGCACGCACGCACGCAGCAAUUUCUAGGUGUCUAGUUUAUUUGUACAGAUUGUGUUGCAGACAGAUUG